UAUUACUACAAUUAAGAAUACUGGAUAUCUUUAUGGUAAGGUUCUCAAGGCGCUCCAAUAUUACCCCAGCUCUGGCGAGGGUACUGCUAAAUUAACUACGAAUUCGUCAAUGGCUUGCAUACAAGGACAUUUCUCAGCUUGUUGAGUUUCGAAUCAUCUGUUUGGAGAAUCAUGAAUGAUAAUAUGAGGGACUUGGAAGUGAUGAGACGACUUGUAUUCCUAAUGAUCAGUGUUUGGUCAGUUCUCGGCGUUCAGACCAUGGCUGGAGCAACGGUUUGUCCGAAGGACCUUGAUAGUAAUGAGCUUUCCUUUCUGGAUAAGACGGCAAGCGAUGUGUACUCCACCGAGUGCCAGUACCGUGUUCUCCAGUGUAUGAGCGUCAAUUUCUGUAGCAUACAAUGGUUCUUCAAUGGCAUCCCGUACGACUCCUGGAGUUUGGGAAACAACUCCGACACUAAGUACAAGUUAGAGGAUAGCAACCAAACGCUCAAGUUCCUUUCCGCAGACGUCGACUCUGAAGGAACAUACACUUGCGUGGUGUCGAACGGUGUGCGGAAUAUUAAUCGGAGUAUCAACAUGCGUAUCCAAGGUAGGCAGGGGCGGGGCAUAAAGGGUGAAGGCAAAAUAACAUUACUAACAAUAUUGUUAAUAAUAAUAAAAAAAAUAUGGCUCAACAAACCCAUUCCAUUGAAAUCAUCCAGCGGUGUGUGCAAGGAUCAGAUGGCCGUUCUUGGCGGAAACGCCUCCUUCUUCUGCCAGUUCAAGUAUCGAAACCCCGGGGGCUUCUUGCAGGAGAGUUGGAGGAAACUGAACCAGACAUACGGGGGAUUUCAACUGGUGGACUUUUAUGACAUCCCAGGCACGGAGUUCACGCAUGGGUACAGAAAAGAAGACGAAAAUGUCAUCCUAACUCAGAAAAACUGUCAAGAGAAGCCUUUCAUGAUUUUGUCUACAUGGCUGAACAUCAUGAAUGUGACUGAAGAGGCUUUGGGGAGGUACCAGGUACAUUGUAAGAUCUCCGGGUUCUUAACGAAGGUCAACCUUACACUCUCGCUGGCGACCACAGAGGAACAUGUAGUCAAGGUCACGGACACAACCAGUGUGGUGGUCGUGGUUGCGACAUUGACCAUCCUCCUUUUCCUAGUCGUGUUGUCAUGGAAACGCUAUGGCACUGACGUCAAACUUUGGAAUCAUGACCAUCGCGCCACACUAGAAACAGAAGAGAUAGAUAACAAACUCUACGACGCAUACAUUAUUUCAUGUUAUGAAGGCCAGGAUAAAUCCUUUGUCGACAACAUUCUCUGCCCGAGUUUGCAGGACCAGUAUAAACUAUUCAUACGAGAAAGAGACGCAACAUUCGGCUCUGUUGAAAGUGAAGAAAUCGUGGAAGCGCUGAAAAAAGCCGCCGCUGCAUCGUGUUACUGUCAGCAGAUUUCUACCGGCAUUCAUCGUCCUCAUCAUCGCAAUCUACAUCAGGAAGGAUAGAAACUACAGCUGCACAACUGACUUCCUCGUCAUCAUCAUCGUCUUCUCCAUCAUCGCCAUCAUUUUCUGGGAACGAUCUUUCAGGAAACGAAUGGCAUUUGUUUGAACUCCAUCACGCGUUGGACACCAUGCACCCAAACGUCAUCCCUCUGCUCUACCGAGACUCCGGGCCAACCUCCUUGUCGAACACCGACUCGAAUACCAAGCUGAUCGACCACGUGAUCAAGGAUGUCACAUGUUUAAAAUGGAAGCAGAAGGGCGAGACGCGUCUCGAUGAUUGGGCAAUGAAGCGGUUACGACUCCGACUACCACCGCGUCGACAAAGCAGUAAUUUACCGAUUGAACAAUCAGCGUAUAUUACGAUGCCGGUAAUGUCAGCCGCAACGCCGUCAAAUAUCUUGUAGAUAUAUGAGUGCGAGGUAUUGUGAAUGGAUAUUUGAAAGCGUGUUCACUCGUCACA